GGGGAAUAAAAGCCGCGGGCGGCAGCAGCGGGACAGAACGCUUACAGCUGAGCUACGAGCAGGAAUAGCAGCAGCAGAAGCAGCAGAAGCAGCAGCAGAACGAGCAGCGAUGCUUUGCAGGAUGCACCUCGCACCAUUUGCCUCCAGCUCCUUGGCCACCCGACUGGGCACAGUGAGGACCCUCUGGCCCCACGCAGAGACCAUCUUCUCCGAGCUGCAGCAAGAGAUGGAGAAAGCUCGUGAGUUCAUGAGCAGCUUCGAGAAGCUCCUCACCAGCCAAGGAGCCACUGCCAUGGAGCAAGCCCCGAGAACAAGCACGGCCCUGAGCACUGGCUCCGGGGAGGGCUUCUCCAUCUGCCAGGACGUCAAGAACUUCACUCCGGAGCAGCUGUCGGUGAAGGUGGUGGGCAGGAAAGUGGUGCUGGUGGGGCAGAAGGAGACGCAGAGCACGGAUGAGAAGGGCUCCUUCUCCUACAAGUACGAGGUGCUGAAGCGGGAGUGGGACGUGCCCGAGGAUGUGGACGCCGAAGCUCUGACCUGCUCCCUGUCCAAGGAGGGGCAGCUCCGCAUCGAGGCCCCCCGGCUGGCCCUGCCCAACACCCUGGAGAGGAACGUCCCUAUCCAGGUCAGCCCUGCAGCCCCACAGCCUGGACCAGCUCCUGAGGACGGAGCCACCACCAAGACCCAGAUGUAACGGGAGGGGAACCAAUGGCCCACGGCAGGACCGGAGGAGAGAGCAGAGUCUUGGGGUUUGGCCCAGACAAGCUCCAUCAGCAAUGAUGUCAUUUUUUUCACUAUACUGGAAUGCUUUUGUAUCCAAUAAAAAUACUUUUGCAUAGAA